CUUCCUUCCGGUUUGGGCAUAAACAUUCGAUCGCCAUAUUGGUGACAUUGUUAAUAGAGGAAUAGCCUUCGAAAUCAACAAUCAUCUGCAUUACCUAUGUAGAAGUAUUGAAUUUACUGGUAUUUUUGAAGGACUAAGAGUACAGUCAAUUUACCCUUCAAGGAAUUUUUGUGUGGUUUUCGAAGAUGAGCUUCCUUUUUGGAAGUCGAAACAACAAAACAUUCAAACCAAAGAAGAACAUCCCCGAAGGAACUCAUCAGUAUGACUUGAUGAAACAUGCGGCGGUUACCCUGGGAAGUGGUAACCUCCGUCUGGCCGUUAUGCUCCCUGAGGGGGAGGACCUCAAUGAGUGGGUGGCAGUCAACACUGUUGACUUCUUCAACCAAAUCAACAUGCUGUAUGGCACAAUCACAGAGUUCUGCUCGGAGGAGUCAUGUUCGGUGAUGUCUGCGGGGCCAAAGUACGAGUACCACUGGGCUGAUGGACAGACCAUCAAGAAGCCUAUCAAGUGCUCGGCCCCCAAGUACAUUGACUACCUCAUGACCUGGGUGCAGGACCAGUUGGACGAUGAAACACUCUUUCCCUCUAAAAUAGGUGUGCCAUUCCCGAAGAACUUCCUGUCCAUUGCCAAAACGAUCCUGAAGCGCCUGUUCCGUGUGUAUGCACAUAUCUACCACCAGCACUUCAAGGAGGUGGUCCAGCUGAGCGAGGAGGCUCACCUCAACACGUCCUUCAAGCACUUCAUCUUCUUUGUGCAGGAGUUCAACCUCAUAGACAGAAAGGAACUAGCGCCUCUACAGGAGCUUAUUGAUAAACUCACCAGCAAGGACCGAUAGAUGCCAAUCCCCAGGAACCUCCUGGCUAAUGUUCUUCAAAGUUUACAGUGAUUCUGCAGAAUCUACAGUCUUCUUGUGACUUGCUAGGGAUGUAACGAUAUGCUUGAGCGAUGACCUGCUAGGGAUGUAACGAUAUGCUUGAGCGAUGACCUGCUAGGGAUGUAACGAUAUGCUUGAGCAACUGCAGGAUUGCAAUGUCCAUGCUGAAUUAUGGGAUGUAAUUUGAUGUUUGAUUCUAAAAGUUUUUUAGAGAUAUAAUAACUGAAAUUUACUGUUUGCACUAAAUGAUAAUGUUCAUCCAUUUGGCAAUUAUGGACUUGAUGCGCAUUAAUAUAGAGGCCUUAUUGUUCCUGCCAUGCUCACAGCAGUAUGAACAACCAUGGCGGUGGAACUCUUGCUGUUAAACAUGAAAAAUUUGUAAUGAUUUUAGGCAAUUAAUCAACUAAUCGUUACACCCAUAAUUUUUAGAAUUGACGUUAGAUUCCAUUGUGGUUUGAGGCUUGUGAUCCAUGAGUAUUUUCAUUAUCGGUGAUAAGGUUUAGACGGACUUCCAGUGUUUUAAUGAUGGAGACCAUGUGGUAAAUGGAAAAGGCAUGUUGUAUGUCCUGCCAAAGUAAUCUGCUUUAAAUGUGUGCAUCUACUGAUGUUGAACAUGAGGACGUGCUCCUAACUAGUCAUACAUGAAAACACCAUAUCAUUAACGUAGUGCUUGUUAGCCUUAGUGAAAUAUUCAUUUGGAAUUGGUAGCCAUCAAAUAUCCAUCAUCCUCUGUCUUCUAUUGUGGUAUCACACUCUAUCUUUUAGGGGACAUCAUAUCCUUUUGUUGAUUGUGACGGACAGGAAGGUAGUAUACGUCUGUAAGAUGACUAUAGAUUCUGCCAAUGACCAACAUGUCACCUUCUGGCCUUCGACAUAUGAAGCACUACCGCGGCAAGUGGUAGAUGGCAACAUGUCACGCCUCACCGACCAACCAUGCAUGCCUUGUUGUUUCACUAUGGAAUUGUGUUGCUAGUCUGCUGUAGCCAGUCAAUAUGGCUGUUACUAUUUUAUGCUUCAUUUUGUUAACUGUUUAUGAGCAGGACUCAGUGUUUGUGGACUGCCCAGUUCAGGCGUGGGGACAUGCUGAUAGGUCACAAAUAGUGAUGUCAGUGUGAAGCUCUGGCAGCGUCUCUGGACCAAAGUGUUUCACAGCUUGUGUGAUUAUUAGAAACCCUGUCAGGGAGUAUGUGAAGCUGAUGGCAUUUUCUGGAGAUGUUCAUUUUACUUUAGAAUGUAGACUUCUUCCUUUUUCACUACUGAAAGAGAGGAAUUUUAAACCCUUUAAAAUAUUUGAAUUGCGCUAGAAAUCAUAUAAAUUGUAGAUGAGACAAAAUGUUGGAAAUGAAGAUCCUGUGAUUUUAGUUGUGAAGAUCUUAAAUCAUGACCAGUAGGAUUCCUGUUAGUUUGCUCUGUGCUGUUGGCGGCACCGUCCUGGGGUUCUUAGAGAAUCGAAAAUGUUCUCGAGAAAACAUGCUAUUAAAAUAUUACUGAAGAUUUUAUCGCUGUGUCAUUACACACAAAGUACUUUGUCCAGGCUGAAACAGAGGAUUCCCUGAUUCCCAGAUGGAGAUAAUGCAGUGUGAGUUGCUAGUAGAUGGUGUCUCCGAUUGACGUGUGUAGGACUGCUCUGUAUUGUGUAAUUUUGGAAGCGGCCACCAUCAUCUAGGUAUGCGAGUAGGAGUGCUGAUGUGUUUCAUGUCCCAUAUACGUUCAGUGUCACCUGGGCCCAUGCCCUUCACUAUAUGCAGUGCCAAUAUUACCUAUAAGCUUGCUUAUCAGCGGUCUCCAAAUAUGAAUAGUAUGUAUUGCAUGUCAAGCCAUCUUGAGACUGACUAACAUUGUUUCUAUCAUCUCUGCUUGGACCACAGACCAAAGUGGGCAUAGCCUGGGUGUUUAUUGUUUGGGUUGAACACCCUAGAAAGUCCCCUGCAAGGGAACAGUGUACAUGCUGCUCCCUUCUAGAUAAUGUGAUUCUACUCUUAAUGGACUUGUGUCUGUGGUCUCCUCUAGAUUACUACGUAUUGCAUUGCCAUCACACAGAGACUUGCUACAGUUUGGUGUUAUAUAUCACACGCCAUCGUGCUACAUAUCGUGUUAUGUAUCCCAGAUCUGCAACAGAUCAUGUGUUAUAUAGCACGGCUGUCCUGCAGAUCAUGUGUUAUAUAUCACACACCAUCAUGCUACAGAUCCUUUUAUGUAUCACAGAUCUGCAACAGAUCAUGUGUUAUAUAUCACACACCAUCAUGCUACAGAUCCUUUUAUGUAUCACAGAUCUGCAACAGAUCAUGUGUUAUAUAUCACACACCAUCGUGCUACAGAUCAUGUUAUGUAUCCCAGAUCUGCAACAGAUCAUGUGUUAUAUAGCACGGCUGUGCUGCAGAUCAUGUGUUAUAUAUCACACACCAUCAUGCUGCAGAUCAUGUGUUAUACAUCACACAGAUUUGCUACAGUUCAUGUGUUAUUUGUCACAACUAUUUGCUGCAAAUCAUGUUAUUUAUCCAGCAGAAUUCCUGAAGAUCAUGUGUUAUAUAUAUCACAUAGAUUUCUUAAAGAUGUGUUAUAUGUCACACAUAGACUUGCAACUAGUCUGGUUUUAUAUAUCAUAUAGACUUGCUACAAAUCCUGUUUAUAUAUCACACAGACUUGCAACAGAUCAUGUGUUAUAUAACAGAUUUGCUAGAGAUCAUGUUAUAUAUCACACAUAGACUUGCUACAGAUCAAGUGUUAAUCUGUGCGUCGCUGAUCUGUUGUCAUGGAGUAAUCAUCUGUGAUAGCACAGACCAGUGAUGUGUACAAGAAAAUUACCUUCUAAGAUGUCUUUCAAAUUCAUUUAUGGCAAUACAUACCCACAAGCUAUAUCUCACCUUUUGAGUGGGAUUGUUAUGGCCUUGUUAGAGUGGUGAAACAUGUGAGGUUGUUGUAGACAAUUUAGAUGGUGAACCUGUUCAUUUUCAAGAACUGUCAAUUUUUAAGGUAAAUUAGAAGUGAUAUAGCUUUGUGAUUUGAUUGACUUGGCAGUUUUGGAUGUGAACAUAGUUACUAGCUAUUGUCGAAAUAAACCUUGCUGUCAUGUUUCAUUUACAUAUUAAGUCUACAUAUUGAGUCUACUGUUUCUUUGUGUCAUGGUUUGGUAUUAGUGUUGACAUAAUAUGUGUGAUAUUCCCCGUAUUGUGGAAACAUCUUUGAGUAGUUUUCUUCCCCUCCUAUUGAGCUUUGGUCAGUCUAGGAUUGGGUUUCUCUCUUUUUUCUUCUUCAAGUUUUAUCAAGACGUUUUCAUUUAUUUUUCACAAGUGCCAUUCAUAUUGUUGAUGUAUGUAGAUUUUGAUGUUAGAUGUCGUUCUGUGUAACUGAUAUGUUGUUUAGUUCCCUGUUAUUACUGGCUGCAUUGUCCUCAGCUCUGUACUGUUAAAGGUGUUGUAUGUAUGUGAGAGGAAUCUCGACUGACCCCCAACCCGUCACGUAUCCACGUCAGCUAGAUGUAACCUAGUGACACUCAUGGAUGAAGCUUUUCAUGGGAAUAUACAUGUACCCUGGUGCUUUACCAUUAGAACCAGCAGACAGUUUGACGUUUUGUCUGUAACAAUAUUAGUAUCCCUCUUAAAGGGUGUUGUCUGCCAAUCUUUUUGAGAUAAAUUACCAGUAAUUCUCCAUGUGAGAUAUGGUACAUAUUGUCCCAUGUGAGAUAUUGUCAGUAAUUCUCCAUGUGAGUGAUAUGGUACAUAUUGUCCCAUGUGAGAUAUUUUCUGUAAUUCUCUAUGUGAGAUAUGGUACAUAUUGUCCCAUGUGAGAUAUUGUCAGUAAUUCUCCAUGUGAGAUAUGGUACAUAUUGUCCCAUGUGAGAUAUUGUCAGUAAUUCUCCGUGUGAGAUAUGGUACAUAUUGUCCCAUGUGAGAUAUUUUCUGUAAUUCUCCGUGUGAGAUAUGGUACAUAUUGUCCCAUGUGAGAUAUUGUCAGUAAUUCUCCGUGUGAGAUAUGGUACAUAUUAUCGCAUGUAAGGUAUUGUGUGUAAUUUGCCAUAAGGCAUGUUCCAUAACCCCCUACAACAGACAUGGUCUAUUUUCCCUGAUGAAAGAGAUUUCUGAAAGCUCUUUGUUCUUGUCUGUAAUACCUUGGAAGCUGUUGUCUGUAAUUCCCUGGAAGCUUUUGUCUAAUUCCCUGGAAGCUAUGUCCUUGUAUGCUUGUUCCCUCCACGAGAGCCCAUGGCAUGUAGACCUUGAAGCUACAAACCAAAUGGCAACAUCACCGCCUCACUAAUGCACUCAAGGGGCCAUCAGUCUUCACUUCAGGGAUGCCUUCUUCACACUUGCUGCUCCAGUUCUUGUAAGCACAGGCUUUAUGAAAUCAAUGUCCCAUAUUUGUAGUAUUUUGUGUUGAGAAAAUCCAGAUUGGAAGAUGAGGUGUUUCUUGUACAAUGUUGCCUAGGGCAUAACAUUAUAAUCAUUCAGCAGUGAUAGAGGGGUUUGCUUCUAAAUCACGAUCCAACUCACUUUGAUCUGGUCCCAGCGCAUCUUCAACAUCCACACGGAAAGGUUUCUCUGACCUCCCAUUUGGUCAUAUCACCAGCCAUCUUGGAAGAUGUUGAGUGUGUACUGGGACAAGGUGGAAGAUAGUUUGACCGGUCGUGUACAGUCAUUGGUAUCUCGAUGUAAGCUAACGCCAGGUGCUCAUCCAGAAAUUCCAUCCCAUAAACUUAUUUAUCUAUCAUUUCUUCAUAAUGAGUUGACAGACUAUCUGCCAUCAUUGUACAUUAUGUACAUAGAAAUUGUAUGUAGCAAAUAUCUUUUGUAUAAAAUAUAUACAAUACUA